AAAACUUCUGGCAUAAAAAAAAGAGAACGACAAAGGAGCGAGGGCAGAGUCGAAUCUCGUAGGUGGAAGCUAAGGGCCAUGGCUCGUGGACAGCAGAAGAUUCAGUCCCAGCAGAAAAACGCCAAGAAGGCGGCAGAGAAAAAGAAAGCUCAGGGCGCUGACCAGAAGACCGCUGCCAAGGCCGCACUGGUCCACACCUGCCCUGUCUGCCGGACACAAAUGCCCGACCCAAAAACCUUCAAGCAGCACUUUGAGAGCAAACAUCCCAAGUCCCCCAUGCCUCCUGAGCUGGCGGACGUUCAGGCAUAAAGGACCGCUGACUAGACCUGAACCCUGAUACACAAUGACCACGGACUAAACGCUGCGUCACGGCACCUGAAGGACGUUGCCGAACACUGGGAGCUGUUGGUAUUCCUGGACAGUGGGCUGGGAAGGCGGGAGGGGGUGGAUGUGUUUAUGUGCUGUGUCUGUACGUGUGUGUUUGUAUAAGAGAAAACAGGAACGGCGGGGCAGACGUACACCAGCAGCCAUUUUUUUUUCUUUUUUUUUAUAUAUUUAUUGUGUACCUUACUAUUCCAGAUGGGGGAGGGGGGUUCCCAGAAAACAGAACCAGCAAGGUUGUCAGCUAACACUGAAAACAACGAUUCUGUGACUCAUGAUGGGAAGAGCUGAUGUUAAAAAGAUCUAACAGGUCGUCUGGAGGAAGAGACGACGCAUUCACAACAGGUUUCCUCAUUAGUGCACACAGAUGUGGCACAGCUGUUUGGCUCAAACGUUACAACUUCAAGCUUUUUGUCCUGUCCAGAGCGGCUUAAAGGAUAUGCAUGAGUAGCAGCCCCUUGAAAUGACUAAAACCACCACUGAACCUCAGAUUCUUAUGGCUGUUUUUAAAAAUGAGGGAUAUUCUCUCCUCAGAUAUUCAGCCCCUCCCCCCAGAAGAGUCCACGGCUUUGCCUCCUCUGUGCUGCUGCUGCUCCACAGGUGUCCACACUCAGUAACACCUUACAACCGUACCUCACAAUACACCACACAGCAACUUUAGCUUUUUCUUCUUAAGAUUCUUCCUCGUUCAUUUCUGUGUCGUCCUCCUGCAGCAAUAAUCACAAUCCACUUCAGAUGAACCAGGACGAGAGGGUUUUUUUUUUUUUGUUUAAAGCAAGCUGCGUUGUCCUCAAAUUCAUUUGUAGUUUAAAGAAACAUGACUUAGCCCCAAGGACUGAGAGUUAAAUCAUUUAGUAUUAACAAAAUGGUUUAUUCUUUAUUAACUGGCAAGAAACUAACCAAAUUUGCUUUGUCUUUUUUUCUACCCUUUUUCAAUAAACUGAACAAUGUAUUUAAUGUGA